AUGACCCAAACUCCUUACCAUGGUGGUGACCACCACCCGCCGCCCCUGUUUGUUGCUGAGCUUGACAGCCAGCCUGGACGUCCCAGUGAUGCACCAUCCCACCAUGGACCUGACGGAACACCUAUAUUUGAGAUGGCGAGCGAGCCAGUGCCUGCACAACAACCGCAGACUCAGACUCCUGGCGAGAACCACUCCAGUCCGCCCGAUGAGUGGCCGGCACCUCUGAAGAGCCCAGGUAUGCCCAAUACCAAAUCACAGGGAGGGACCAAGGACGAGCCAAGCAAGGAUGCGUCUGCUACGUCUCAACCCGUCAUGGCUAAUCCCUGGGCAUACUUUGGACCCGAGUCACCAGAGAACAAGUUCAAAGAACCGCAGGCCGAAGGCCGUCGUCCUUCCGCGCCUGUGUACAAACCUUAUCCUGGCAAUAGCGAAACAUGUCCACCAGAGGUCCCUCAGAGCACACGUCCGUCUGCCAAUGUUUCAACUCCCGAUCUCACAAGUGGUAGCAACACCUUCUAUCCUGCGCCGCUCAAGCUUGCCCAUCGUCCUGCCAAACCGGCCUCUCCUCCAGCCUUUAAGCCCUAUGCUCCCCCAGAGUCACAGGAUACAUCAGAUCUACUGCCCAAGCCUUUGAACAGGCCUGACAGGACCAAUACGCAGUCACCCACGACUCCGAGCUCAUACCAGCCGUACAGACCACAUUCACCUCAACAUCCUGAUCAUGCUGCCCCGGCAUUUGACCAUCGCCCUGCCACUACGUCGCCUCUUCAGACUGCUCCUUUGGCGUCCCCUCCAGGCGUAGCACAGCAGCAACCGUUGGACCCAGCUCCUCACCACUUCCAUUCAACAGCAUCUCCAAUCCAGCCUGUGAACCCUCCAGAUAAAGAGCCCAACCUACCGUCACGGCCAUCCAAUAGUCUUCCCACGUCUCCUAAACCUCAGCCUGAGCCACAACCGCAGAAACAGUAUGGGAUCCCAAACGCCGCUCCGGCCAAGCCUGUACCAUCGCCUGCGUCUGCACACCUUCCUUCUCCUAUGACCCCUUCGUUCCAGCAGGCUUCAGUAGUUGCCCCCUCGCCAGCAACUCCUGCACCAAGUGCAGGUGUACCCUUCUCUCAACCACAAUAUGCUGCUCAUGUCAUUGUCCCUAGCUAUUCACAGGCAUCCACGCCUGGUGCUAGCACGUCUUCACCAGCAGUCUCAAACAAUCCUGGAUUGCCAUUUGCUCAGCCGCAAUACGCCGUUCCAGUCCAGACUCAUGACUAUGGGCCGUGCCAGUCAUCUGUAACCGCUUCUACGACUGCUUCACCGGGAGUUUCCAGCCCAGCAUACAGCUCGUCUCAAUUGUCUCCAGCUCAACCCAACUAUGGCGUUCCGCAGCCGAUGUAUGCACCGACUCCAGCCAGCUCAACGCCAGGCGGCAUCAAUUCCCCUUUGCCGCAGUCACCUGCUCCUUAUCAACAAGCUGCCCAUGCAGGUCCUGCGACCCAUCAAUUGCAUACCCAACAGUUAAAUACGCAAUCAUAUGUGACCCCGAACCCAGCACAAAUCCCACAAUCACCGCCUCCUCCAUAUGCACCCCAAGACACGGGUCCUGGAGUUGGGGCAAACCCUCAAGCACCAAGCAAUCAUAUGAUGUACCAACCAUCUCCUGUUGGCGCUUACUCCCCUCAACCUCAAUAUCCUACACAGCCAUCUUACGCUCCGACGACAAGUCCUCCCUUACAGGGUCUCCAGCCUCCGGCACUUCCUCCACGGCCUUCGUCUUCACAAGGAUUCGCACCAUCAUCCGGAUUUGGUUCUGGUCCAACUGGCUACAACCCAUCCAACUAUCCGCCGCCACCUCAGACUUAUUUCUCGCCCCCUCCCGCUUUGCCCCCACGUCCUGGUCUUGGAAAGUUGGCUGGCGGAGGAGGAAAGAUAUUUGGAAGCAGCUCCGCGGAUAAGUGGCUGAGGAAGACAGGACAAGUGUUAGAAAGCACACUGGCACCGUAUUUGCAAGGACAGUCAGGAUCGUAUCGACCAGGCUCACACGGUCCGCAAGGACAACAAGGACAACCGGUACAGCAAGCUCCUGGACCCAACCCACACCAAGCACAAUAUUUCCAUGCACCGCACUUAGCACCUCAGUUCAGAGGUGCGCCAGAAUCUGGACCACCACAACAUGGGCCAGGCGCACCGGGAUAUUAG